CCCGGGCCGCUCGGGAUGCUGGCCGCUCGCGCGCCGCCGGCCACCCUUGUCCUGGCCUCCCGGACCAUGCCCCGCUGUUUACGGGCCGGCAAAGCCCCCAGCUGCUUCGAGACGCUCGGAAACCCGGCUCCCCGAGGGUGAAACCAGCGAGCCCACGGACACCGGACUGGUCGCCCAGACCCGGGGCUCCAGACUCAGAUCUUCGCCCGCUCUGCCGCCACCUCCGCCACCAUCUGGGCGGGAGCGGGCUCUGGUGUUUUUGAGGAGGGGGUGUGGUGUAGGGAAAGGAAUCCUGGGGAUUUCUGCCCCCCCUUUUUUUGGCCUUUGGGGCUUCAGACUCAGGGAACUCGCUCAUGGCUUUCUUGAUGAAGAAGAAGAAAUUCAAAUUCCAAACCACUUUCACCCUGGAGGAACUGACUGCGGUCCCCUUCGUGAAUGGGGUCCUCUUCUGCAAGGUCCGGCUGCUGGAUGGUGGAGAUUUUGUCAGUUUGUCGUCAAGGGAGGAGGUUCAGGAGAACUGUGUGCGCUGGCGGAAGAGGUUCACCUUCAUAUGUAAGAUGAGUGCCAACCCAGCCACGGGCCUACUGGACCCCUGCAUUUUCCGCGUGUCUGUGCGCAAGGAGCUGAAAGGCGGAAAGGCUUAUUCUAAGCUGGGCUUUACCGACCUGAACCUGGCCGAGUUUGCAGGCUCGGGCUCCACAGUGCGCUGCUGCCUGCUGGAGGGGUAUGACACGAAGAACACCAGGCAGGACAACUCCAUCCUCAAGGUCACCAUUGGAAUGUUCCUGCUCUCUGGAGACCCCUGCUUCAAGACGCCAGCAUCCACUGCCAAGUCCAUCUCCAUCCCCGGCCAGGAUGCCUCUCUGCAGCUGACGUGUAAAGGCGGUGGGACCAGCAGUGGCGGCGGCGGCGGCACCAACUCUCUCACAGGCUCUCGGCCUCCCAAGGCCCGGCCCACCGUCCUGGGCUCAGGGCUGCUGGAGGAGCCAGACCAGAACCUGUCCAGCCCAGAGGAGGUGCCGCACUCUGGCCACUCCCGCAGCUCCAGCUAUGCCAGCCAGCAGUCCAAGGUCUCUGGCUACAGCACAGAGCACUCGUGCUCCUCCAGCCUGUCGGACCUCACGCACCGCCGCAACACGUCCACUAGCAGCAGCGCCUCAGGUGGCUUGGGCCCGGCUGUGGAGGGCCCCGAGGGUGGCGAGCGUGAGCACCGGCCCCCCGAGAAGCCGCCGAGACCCCCUCGGCCUCUGCACCUGUCGGACCGCUCAUUUCGGCGGAAGAAGGACUCAGUGGAGAGCCACCCGACCUGGGUGGAUGACACCCGGAUUGACGCGGAUGACAUUGUGGAGAAGAUCAUGCAGAGCCAGGACUUCACAGAUGGUAGCAACACUGAGGACAGCAACCUUCGGCUGUUUGUGAGCCGUGAUGGCUCAGCUACGCUCAGUGGCAUCCAGCUGGCCAACAGGGUCUCCUCGGGGGUCUACGAGCCUGUCGUGAUCGAAAGCCAUUGAAGAGUGGGUGUCAGGCUGGAGAGGGGCCUGCCCUCUGGGGCACCAGACCUGUGCCCUUCCGUGAGGAAUCGCCUCCCUCGCGUCCGUGCUGCGUCUCAUCUAUGCCUGCUCUGUGCACUCUGGCCACCUGUUCCCGAGCAUCAUUCCAUGGUCCCCAACCUCCCAGGAUCCUCCUGGCUGCCAGGGCCCCCACCACUGUGAAUAAACAUUCUUCUGAACCACUGUGGGCCGCGCGGGGAGGCCCACGCUGAGGGCAGGACGGAGACACAGGCCUGGGAUGCCCCUGCCCCCCAAGACAUGCAGCAGCUCCUCGGUGUGCGGGACCCCUUCGGCUGUGGGGCUCCUCCUCCUGUCACCUGUACACCCCAGGAGUGCUAGCUUCGGCCAGGCACCGACAGGGCCGUGCUCCAUCGCCCCUGGCCCUUGCGGAGCCAGACCACCCUCAGAGCUCUGCCACCUGUGACCUUCUUCUUAGUGUUUCCGCCGUCCCUUCCUGUAUCCUCGGGGACCCACAGGCAGCCUCCUCCUGGGGGCCAAACCUCAGCCCCAACUCACUCCAGACUGAGCCUCCUCUGCUUCCCCCAACGAAUGUCCUCCUGCCACCCUGGCAGCCUGCACUUUGCACAUGUUGUCCCCAGCACAGCCCCACUGGGCCCCGUGACCCCUCCCUGACGCCUCCUGGGCACUGCCCGCUGUGCGGGGAUGGGCCCAGGGUCUGCAGCCCACCCAGAAUUCAGGCUGCCUCUGCCCCUGCCUCGCCCAGCUCACGCCCAACCUGCCAGGGAAGCGGCUGGUGUCACAGUGUCCCUGCCCAGGGCUGGCUCCUGAGCAGCUGGUCCUCCACAGGAAGGACGGCCCAGCGGGGCUGGGCGAGCAGAGCGCCUUGCUGCACCCUCAGGACUGUGGCCCUGCUGAGACCAAGGCUGGGGAGGCUGGCGGCUGUGGCUGGACUGGCCUGAAGCUGGCUUCCUGCCCAGGCAGGGAGGGGCUCCCCAGGAGCGCUUUCCCAGCAGGGAGCAGUCUGGCUCCCCCAAGCCUCCGGUCUCAGCACUUUGGCCCAGGUCCUCAGAAUUUGCUUGAAGGAGGGUCUGGCUGCAGCCAGGCUCAAACUCCCCGAUCCCUUUAAGUUGCCCCCAUUUUGUAUAAACCCAGCGGGCUGGUGUUUACUUAGGUCUGUAGGUUUUUUUCUUGUUGCCUUCCUCCUUUUUUUGUUCUUUUUUUGAGUUCACAGUUCAGUCUUUCCUCCUCCUGGGUGAGGAGGAGAUGCCUGUGUUCUCACCCUUUCUGCCAGCUGUGCCCCAGCAGUGCUGCGGACCCAGGUGGGCCAGGAAGCUGGUGUGAGUGCCCUCACCGGCCAGGAGGGUUCCUCCCCGACCCUGCACUGCCCCGGCUGGCAACAGUGGGCUUCUGGGUUGCAGAACUCCCUGAUGCUGGGACCAAAGUAUUUGUAGGGCUUUUGUUUCUGUCGUCAUUUUAAUCACCUGGUAACUCAGCAAGUGAAUGUUGGAAGGUGCCUGCGAGACAGGACAGAGCAUGGGCUCUGGCUGCAGGACCUCUAGCCAGCUCGCAGCAUCCCUUCCUGCCCGGCAGAAUCCUGGCACUUUAAAAGGAAGCUGGCCAUUCCCUCUCCAGAUGAGGUGACCUCCAGAAGAUGGGGGCACUGACCUUCCGUCCUGUAGCUCUCUGGCCUCACCCUACCCAGUGGGAGGUGCGGUUAGAGUCUAAUUGGGGCCUAAAUUAAAGUUCUGGGGCUUUAGGCAUUGCUAGGGGGAGCCCCAGCCCACCCACGGAAGUCUGAGCUUGAUGGUCCCCCGAAAAUGACCGCCUGCCACAUCCUUCCACACCAGGCCCCAGGCCAGGGUAACCAGGAUGAGAAUCAGACCAUAACCAAAUGAAUGCUGGCUGGAACCAGGGACCUGGAGCGGUGGCCUUGUCCCCAUGUGGGAGCCCUUUUUUUCAGCCUACAGAUCCCUUUAAGCUCAGUGAAUUUCUACCAGGUGCCCCUACACCUGGACUUCAAAUUCUACAUAGAGAAAGGAUAUAUUAGAGAUAUUUUUGGAAUGGAAUUGGUCUAUGCAAUGCCGGUUUGGAGUCUUGAAAGACAGUUUUAACGUUUUUACUAGAUUUAAAAUAAAGGUCUACAAUUUUUUUAGAUUUGUUUUUCCUGGUCACCCCGUAACUGAUCACGUGGCAUGAUCUACCAGGAUGGCGAAUGUCCAUUUGCCUGUCUGUAGGGAGGUGAUGGAGGGGGGUCGUUUUUCUUUUAAUCUCCUCCUUUCUAAUAGAAUGUUGCCACCACUGCACCCCAUCCCAUGGGCUGUAUUUGUAUCUGUCCCAGCUUCUCUCCUAGGAAAUAACAUUGUAAGGGGAAAUCAGCCUAGUGUCCGUGUCUUGGUUUGGGGAGAAAUUAAAUGUUGCAGUUUUUGGGUUUU